AUGCCCGUGCUCUACACUGACACGACACGCCUGCCCUCGCGGCUCCGAACCCCGUACUCCUCUGUCACGCCAAUAUCCUUCACCCGUUGCGCCCAACCCGUCUCACCGUGCGCGCGUGCAGGUCUGGCGGAGCUGGUGGCGAUGGACGCGCGCUUCAAGCCGUUUCUCAGCACGCUCUUCUCGCCCGCCACCCUGCAGACGGAUCGCGACGACGAGCCGCCCGACGUGGUGGCGGCGCUGGACCGGUCGAUCGACGCGUUCCUCAUGCUGCUCUCCGACGCGCUGCUGCUGCCCGCCAGCCACAAGCCGCUCGAAUACCUCAUCCGCAAGUACCGGGUGCAGCAGUGCAACGUGGACUCGCUGGUGCUGGCGGCGCUGCCGUACCACGAGACGAGCCUCUUCGUGCGCAUCGUGCAGCUGCUCUCCCUCAAGCAUUCCAAGUGGGCGCCAGUGCUGCACGGCUGCAAGGCCAAUGGCGCGGCAAUCCCGAGGGCGCAGCUCGUGCAGAGAUGCGUCAAGGAUGACUCCUUCUUCCAUGCCAUGUGCCAUGCGGCGGAGAAGGCGGCUACCUGUGUGGUCCGGGACAGCCCUGCAUCCGCGUCUCCCCCCACGGCGCCUGCAGCGCCCGCCAUGCGGCUGCUGACCUUCACGAGCGUGCUGCUGCUGGAGGCGCUGGCUGCCAUGCGCGUGUCCGUGGACGCACUCUCCCACCUGCUGCCCUUCAUCCUCAACGGCCUUCAGCCCUCCGCCGUGCAUGAGCACAGGGUAAUCCUGCUGCCUCUGUCCCCCCUCACUGUGCACCUCCUCUCCCCACCAUGCCAUGCUGCUCUCAACCCAGAAUGCCAAGUCUCGUGCGCCAGCUCAGCUCAGCAUAAAAUGCAUGGUGUGGCAGCUAUUCAGUCCAUUCCUCUCCUCCGUAUGACUUCCUACCCCGCUGCCCACCCACCUGUCCCCCCCCAUCAGCUGGCGGCCAUGAUGCUGGUGUCGCAGCUGGCCAACCGCUCGCAGCUCUCCACGCAGGUCGUCAACUCCCUCCUCGUCGCCCUCCUCUCCCCCACCGCUGCCGCUGCCUGUGCUGCCCCCACUGCGCGCGGCAUGAGAGCACCACCGACCGCCAUCUCCAUGGACGCCUUCCUCGUGGUCGUGCACCUCUGUGCGGUCAGUGCCCUCGCUCAUCUUCUCUCCCAUCCCCUCUCCUGUGCCCCUCAUCCCAUCGGGGCUCUUGUCUCAUCCCAUCGGGGCUCUUGUCUCAUCCCAUCGGGGCUCUUUGCUCUUCAUCCUUCCUUUCCUCAGAAGCCGCUCUCCCUCGCUGUGCCUCCUCAACGCCCAUGGGUACGCUGCAGGCACUUUGUGGAUGUGCUGAGCACGGCGGCACACAAGUUCAACACGGCCAAGAUUCUCAACCUGCUGGCUGACACACUGCUGCCCAAGAUUGCAACAUCGCAGGCGGCGGCGGAUGUGCUGCUGGCCAUGCUGCGCCAGCUGCCGCGUGCAGCACUCUCCCCUCUCGUGCCUCGCCUCGCCCUCUCCCUGCUGCGCUUUGCCGUGGGCAAGGGCCUGCCACAGGGGGCACCUGUGGUGCUCUCCUCCCUGCAACCUCGCAUCCAGCCGCUACUGCUGGCCCUCUCUCUCAAGUUCACCUCACCCACUGAUGCUGCCAUCGCUGCAGUCUUAGAGUCACUCGCAUCCGCUCCUGCCGAGCGCGCCACGCUCGUGUCCUUCCUGGGUACGGCCCUCUCUGCCAGCCCCUGUGCGCUGCAGCAAGUCGAUGCCCCUCCUGCUGCCACGGGGACAGGCGUGCAGCAGCAACAACAGCAACAGAAGCAGCAGCAGCAGCAGCAGCAGCAGCAGCAGCUGUUGUCAGUUCAUUUGGCAAUUGAUCAUGCGCAAGUGCAGUCAUUUGUGUCAUCUGCGCUGCAGCGUCGACUGGCAGACGACAGCUGGGAAGUGCUGCACGCUGCUGUCACCUCUCCGCUCCUCCCACGUGCCCUUUCUGCAUCUCUCCUCUUCGCACCUCUCAAAGCCAUUCUCCUCCGCCCCCUGCCGCCUGCCUCCGAGCCUCUGCCUGCUCACAUCAAGGAGUGUCAGAGCACUGCCCUUCACCUCCUGCGCACGGCUGUCAUGGGGCCAGCGCUCAAAACACAUCCGGGGGAAGGCCAGGGGCAGGGGAGCGAGGAGAAGGAGGAAUGGGGAGCGGGAGGUUUGGUGGUGCAGGGGGUGGCGGAGGAGGUGAUGCCACAUGUGCUGCUGUCUGCUCUCAUGCCCUCUCAGCCCUACUGUCCGUCCAGUCCCCUCGCCAACCCCCAGAUGCUGCACGAGGCUCUUCUCAUGGCACAGCAGCUCGCGCCUCACUUCCCCCUCUUCCUCCACCUCCCCUCCCCUUCACUCGCUUCCCUCUCCUUGCCCUCUUUCUCCGCCUCCGAUGCCCUCUCUCUCGUAACCUUCGCCCUUGCUGUUGCCAUCACACCACCUUCCCUCUGCUCCGCACAACGAUCUGCCUCAAAAGACAUGUGGCGGACUGCCAUUCUCUUCAGCCGCUCUGCUUUUGCUUCAUCCUCUCCUGCUGGGCGACAGCUGUUGCUGCUUGCACUUCUUGGAGCAGUACACAGCCUCCCUGCCACGUCAGCCUCGCUGGAAUCAGCACUGCAAUCACGUGAAAAUGUUGCUGUGGCAGGGAGCACGGAGCUCCAAGAGGCGAAGGAAGGAGGAGUUAUGGAAUUUGCGGAGGAGGCAGUGGGGCUGGUGCAGGAUGCGUGGAAGGCAGUGGUGGCGCAGGCAGUGCAUGGGAGUGGAGGGGAGGGGGAGAAGCGACGCAAGGGUGCUGCCUCUGUCCACCUGGAUGCCCUGCUCUCCUCUCUCGCUCAGGCCGCAUUCUCAGCAGCUCCAGACGUGCAGGCCAAGAUCUUCACACUGCUCUCCACACUCCCCGCCUCCUCCAUCGACUCCCUCAGCCUUUCAGCCGACCUUACCGUCUCAUGCCUCUCAUCCCUUUUGAGGAAGCUUCCAGGAGCCACCCGGAUAAGUGAUAGUGUGUCAGGACCACGUAAGCAGCAAGGUGUUGUGGCAGGGCGCGUGUUUGAGCUGUUGAUGGGCACAGCAAGUCCCAAGGCAGCUGCUCUGGCUGCAGCACGCAUUGCCGGAGCAGUGCAAGGGAGGGCAAAGACGCAGGGGGGAAAGAGCGAUGGUGAGGGAGGCGGACGAGUGGAAUAUCAAGAGGCCAUGUUGGAGGCUGUGAGGGACAUGGGUCUACGUGCAGGGGAAACGGCAGGAGGGGAAGAGGGCAGCACGGGGCAGCAAGGCAUAGCUUCUCUGCUGCAGCUGCUGCUGGCACGCUUCACCACUCGAGCCUCCCUCCUCACCUUUUUGGACCCCUUCCUCCUGCCCUCACCCUCGCGCGUGUCUCACUCACCCUCCCUCCAACUAGCAGCGCUCUCCCUCCUCCCUGCUGUAGCUGCUGCUGCAGUGCCAGGGGACGCCAAGGCCAAUGAGGAGCUGCCACAUGUGCUUCUGGGAGCGCUGUUGCGCCUUAUGGUGGCGGUGCAGAGCCCUCACAAGCCCGUUCGCAAGGCAGCUCUCCACGCAUUCGCGACCCUAACGCAGGCGACCGCCACUCUCCCCAGUUCCUCGUCCACCCUGCCCUCUCCCUCCUCUCUUUCGCUCCUUGCAUACACUUUCUCAUCCUCCAAGGAUGCUCUCCUCUCGGACCCCUCCCUACCGCUUGCCCUCUCCUCCUCCUCCUCCUCCUCCUCCACUGUUGCCCUCUCCCUGCCCGCCUUCACACGUGCUGCAUCCUCUACCACCAUCCCUUCCAAACCCUGCCAAGCUGCUGCUCUGCUCAUUCGUCUGCUGGACCCCUCAUGUGCUGCGUCCACUGGUUCCAGCUUGACUCCCUCUGACCGUACCGUCCUGCUCUCAGCUCUCUUCAAUGCUGCCAUCAGCCUUCCUCCAUGGCCUCAGGCCCUGGCUCUCCACAUGCUCGCAGCAAUUCCAGCAGCCACCGCUCUCCUCCCGCUGGGCCUACUGCUGCCUCGCCUGCACGAGCUGCUCUCUCGCCGCCUGCAUUACCACCUGCAGCAGGCGCAAGGUGCUGCUGGGCCGCCACUGCCACACAAGCCAGCAUCAGUGGACCCAGCAGCACGGCUGGGGGGAAGGCUGGAACUGGAUGAGGUGCACCUGCUGGCUGUGGGCUUGCAGGCUGCUGGCAUGUGCUUGUUGAUUCUCAGCUUCCCUAGCGCGAAACGUAUUCUCUCCCACUGUACCUUGCAGCUUGUAGCUGCGGCCGCAUCAGGAGGUGGGCAGGAAGGGGUUCUGGCAGAAGCAGAUGUGGACGAGGAGAUGAGGGAGGAGGGAGGUGAAGGAGAGGAGAGUGCAAAACAUGGGAAGGAGAAAGCGCAGCACACAGCAGGGAAAGGAGUUGCCGCUGUUGACGUUGCACCUCUGCUGCUCAUGGCAAUGCAGGUUCAGGGUGCCAUGUCAGCUGAUGACGUGGCAGUGGAGGCCCCAUCCAUCACGGCAGCAGGUGUGGUCACAGAUGACUUCUUGGAGGCACUGCCAGACACCUACCAGGAUGGGCUCGUGGCGAGUCUGCUCUUCCUCAUGGCAGCAUCUGAGGCCUCGCCUGCAGCGCGCCAGGCAGCCAAGGAGGCACUCCGGCGCCUCAAGCUGAGCCCAACCAUGCUGGCGCGCCUCGUCACGGCCCUCUUCUCUCCACCAUCGGUGUCUCACGGCGCCCCUCAGGCGACCAGCUCCAACACGCCAGACAUAGGUGGCUAUGUGCCACUGUCUGACUCGCUGCCCGUGGAACGACGUGUGGCUACCGCAACUGGUCUGCUGGAGAUGCUGCUGUGGAAGGAGGACGUCACAGCACAGCAGACCAUCCAACUAUUCCCGUCGCUGGCCACGACCAUUAGCUCUGUUCUCUCCCACCGCUGGCCGAUGCUACCAGCACCCAACUCCAAUGAUGCAGAGGAAGAGGGGGGAGAGCAGGGUGGGCAGCAGGCAGAGGAUGGAGAGGGCGAUGUGGCUGGGAGUGAGGUUGCAAUGAGCGCCCAGAUGCUAGGAGCCGUUGAAUUCGUGCUGCAGCUGGUGCUGACGGUGGCGCGCAACGCCCUCUCCUCACACACACACAUGCAGGAGGGACAGGACGAGGCAAUGGAGAGUGAGGGGGAGGAGGAUGAAGAGGGCAUGGAGCAUGGGGAGGAGGAGUGUGUGGUGCACAUGGUGGGGGCGGCAGUGGAGGUGGUGAAGGGGCGGAGGGAUCCUGCCACUGCGAGUGCAGCCAUAGCAGUGCUGGCAGCUGCUGCAGAAAGGCAGCCAGAGGAGGUGGUGGAGCACGUGGUGGCAGUGCUCUCUGUUGCCACCACUACCACCCUCGCCCUCGUGUGUUCCUCCCCUGCACCUUCACUCGCUCGCUCCUCCUUGUUCCCAUCAGCAGCACUCCUUCCUCUUUGCUUCUGGCCUUGCUGCCUUUUGUUCCCCUUUUUGUGGCACUCCUCUUCGUUUUCGCUCUUUCUCUGUGUGGACAUUCGGGAGUCACACGACGCCAUCCACCGACUCGUGGAGGCAGUGCUUCCUGCAUGGCUGCACCACAACCAAGAUGUCACUCCCCUGCUUCAGAUGGUCGUGUCAUCCCUGCCCUCCAUGCUUCAUCACCACCGCAUCGCCCUCCUCACGGCUCUCCUCAGCUCUCCUGCUCCUCUUUUCCUUGUAAAUCCUGUGUCUUCUUGGUACUUCCCAAUACCCCACGCUCUCCCUCCCUCUUGCCACCACAGAGGUGUCUCUCCAUCGUUGGGCCUAGCUCCGCUUCUGCUGCUACUGCUAACCACCACAGGCGUCACACCCUCCCUUCUCACAGCACGUGCCGACAAUUCCAAAGAUACCCCUCGCUCUGCGCGGGCGCGCAGGCAGGCAGCGCUGCAGCAGCACGCAUACUGGAGGCGGCGGGGGGACAGCACAGGCGAUGAGAAGCAAGGCGAGUGGGGGCUCAGCCUGGCAUUUGAGCUCUGUUCGCAGGUUCCAGGAAGCAUCCGACUGGAGGCGUAUGUGAAACUCUUGGAAGCCACGUGCCCUCCAAUCAUAGCGCGACGGAAGGCGAGUGCGGCAGCAGAUGAGGCAUGUGAUUGGUGGAGUGGGACGGGUCCGAAUGACGAUGUGGUUGUGGUGAGCUUCGUGGGUGCUGAGUUGCCGGCUGCAGUGGCAGCUAUGGAGGAGGAGCUGGGGAUGGAGGGAAGUGCAGAUCCAGCAGAGGGUGGGGAGGGAGGGCUCAACAAUGAGGGUGACGCUGCAAUGGUUGACACCCAGCACCGACAGCUCUUUGUGUCUCUCCUAGAGCAUGUGGUUCUUCGCCUCCGUGCCACUGCUGCUGCUGCUGCUGCCAGUGCUGCUGUGUCCCCCCCCCUCACCACCGCAUCUUAUCCUCCUGCCCUCAAGGACAGGGCGGACUUGGUGGCUUCAGCAGCGUAUGAGCUGCUGCAGACUCUGGAUGACGUCACUCCUAGUGGUGUGUUCCUGCAAGCGGUGCAGACGCUACUGACCAACCCCAGCACUCAUAUUCGACGAAAGGUUCUUCGGCUGCUUGCCGCCCGAGUGCGGGCCUCCGCACCCCACACCCUCAUGCCGCAUGGCCGGGGCAAGGGUAGGAGCAAGCAGCGGUUGGCGCAGGCAGCUCAAGAAGAAGCGAGGGAGUAUGCAUCGGUGGCAGGACAGCUGGCGCACAUGGGCGCACUCGAGGGGGCUGACAGGUCCCUGGCAACACAAAUGGCUGCUCUGCAGACACUUGAUGCCAUCAUCAAGCGCUUCGCGUCGCUGGCUUCUGAAGAUUUCUCUCCGGCACUGGCCCCUCUUAUUCGUAUCAUCUCCGCUCACUCGUCCCCACCGCUCCUCAAUGCUGCUGCAUUGCGCUGCCUCUCCUCCCUCGCCUCCUCACUGCACCAUCUGCUGCUGCCCCACCUGCCUGUCCUCAUGCCGCCUCUAUUUGCCUCAGCUGACCGGGCCCUUGCUGCGGCAGGAAAUGGGGCGGUGGAGGAAUUUGGGGCAGAUGAGGGGGGUGCUGAGGAUGCGGAUGAGCAGAUGGAGGAGGGUGAGGGGCAUGGGAGAGCAGAGGUGGUGAGUGAGGGGGUGGCACAUGACCUGCUGGCUGCUGUGCUGCAGGCUCUGGAAGCCAUGCUGGCAGCCAUGGGUCCUCUCCUCUCUCCCUUCACUCCUCGCAUCCUCGCCUGCACCUGUCUCAGUCCCGUGCUUCUCUGCUGCCCCUCGACGUCGGUGAUGCAGCAUGCCCAUGCUGUGCGACAGCUGCUCAUUCAGAAGCUUCCUAUGCGGCUGCUUCUAGACCCUCUGGUCUCCUCCUGGUCCACGGCCACAGCUGCAGGCCCUGCACCCUCUGCUGCUCUGCUGCACAUGCUGGCUCGCGCCGCCUCCCACAUGGACCGGGCUGCUGCCUCCACCUUCCACGCCCGCAUCUUCGACUUCCUCCUCCUCCGCACCUUCGAUGUCCGCCGCGCCCCUCCCUUUCCCCCCUCCACUGACAGCUCCUCCAAUCAGCGUCUGCCAGGUGGCACACAGAUGGUCACAGCUCCUGAUGUGGAAGGAGCAUCAGUGGCGGCAAUGGUGGGGCUGGUGAUGAAGACGAGUGAGAGUGUGUUCAAGCCCAUGUUUGUGCGCGUGCUUGAGUGGGCCGCCAGUGAAUAUGCUGCUAAUGGUGAUGCCAUUUCGCCAGCAGGCAGAGUGGAGCGACACCUCACUCUCUUCGGUCUCGUCAACGUGCUCUCUGACAAGCUCAGGUCGGUGUUCGUGCCAUACUUCCAGUACCUCUUUGACAUUGCUAUUCGCCACCUUGUUGGCACAAUUGAUGCUGCCAAGGGUGGAAUGAAGAAGAAGAGGCGCAAGUCAGCAAGCGUGGCAGCAGCAGCAGAGGACAGCAUUGCACAGUGGCAGCUGAGGCACCUGGUGGUGUGUGCGCUGCACAAGUGCUUCAUCUAUGACUCCAACGCUGCCUUCUUGGAUGCAACACGCUUCCAGGCUCUCUUGGAGCCCCUCACAUCUCAAAUCGACAGAGAGCCUCCAGCUGGGGUGGCUUCCAUUGUUUCUGCUCCGUCUGCUCCAGAAGCUGUCUCAGCGGCUUCUCAGCUUUCAGAGGCACACCUAAUGCUGGAGCCCUACAUUGCAGUGUCUGUCCCAAGCAUCAGCGCCGUGGAUGAUGAGCUCGUGACAUGCCUCGGUGAAAUGACCAUUGCAGGGGGUUCUGAUAUCCUCUGGAAGCAGCUCAACCACCAGGUUCUGAUGUGCACUAGGAGUGAGCGGGUGCGGUCGCGUCAGCUGUCUCUGCGUGUUGUCAACGAGAUUGUGGAUCGGGUUCGCGAAGAGUACGUGGUGCUGCUGCCCGAAUCUAUUCCCUUCUUGGCGGAGCUGCUGGAAGAUUCAGACGCCAAUGUGGCCGAGAGUGCAAAAAGCCUGGUGAAGAAACUGGAGGAGCUCAGUGGUGAAGAACUCACCCAGUACUUCUAG